UUUGAAUCGGGGGGGGGGGCUCUUCUGUCCUUCUACAUCUCCAAAUAAGGUUGCUUUUUCAAUGAAGGGAAAUCUUUGGAUUUCUUUCUGCAUCUCAGCAGAGAGAAUAAAUGAACUCCCAAGAGGCAGAAGGAAAGGCCCCGUGAAAUGCUCCAUCUUGGGGCACUCCUAAGGUUGCUCCGUCAGUAACACAUUUCUCCUUGUGGAGAUUAUUCUACCAGCCCUUCUGAUCAUUUCCUGGGGAAUUUUCUCUGGUGCUGUUUCAGGUCCAGGAGCCUUUGUGUUAAGCUGCUCUUUGGGGGCAUCGCUCGGGAGGAUCAUCUCAGAAGAGAUCAGCAGGAUUCAGUACCGCUUGAGGAUGUAGCUGUAUUUUUGUCUUUGGAGGGAUGGGGUCUGCUAGAUUUUGAGCGAAAAGCCCUGUAUCGAGAGGUCGUGGUGGAAAUGCAAGGAAUAUGGUCUCCUUAGGUGAUAGAUGGGAGAUGGAGGAUUCCGGCCAAGAGGCGGCAGCACCUUUGCCAACAGCCGGAAAGGAGGUUGCGGAAAGGAUGUUUGGAAAGCAAAGUCCUGAGGAAAACCAGUUAAAGGAGGAACUGGGGAAAUGCUGUACUUUACCAUGUGCAGAUAUCAAUGUCUUCUUGGCCAGAGAGGAUCACCAAGAAAAAGGAGCGUGUCCAGGGUGUGGAAAAAUACUCAGAGAGGAAUCGGGAUUAUGCGACUGUUGCAGAAGCCACUCUGCAGAGAAACAAACUGAAAGCGGGAAAUGCUCCAGAAGGACCUUUCCUCUUACUUUACGUCAGGGGCUACAAGAAGGAGGGAAACCGUAUAAAUGCACGGAGUGUGCAGAAGGCUUCAGUACAAGUGGUUCCCUUACGUCUCAUAAAAAGAUUCACAAAGCAGGGGAGCCAUACAAAUGCCUGGAAUGUGGGAAGAACUUCAGUCAGAAAAGUCACUUUAACUCACAUAGGAGGGUCCACAAAGGGAAGGAGCAGUAUCAGUGCAUCAAGUGUGGAAAGAGCUUCAGAAGCAGUGGCUCCCUUAUUUCCCAUCAAAGCAUCCACAGCGAGGCGAAGUUAUCUCCAUGCAGGGAGGGUAGAAAGAGGCUUACUCAGAGCAAUGGACUGAAUUCCCAGAGAAAAAGCCACACUGGGAAUAAAUCAUGUAAGUGCCUGGAGUGUGGGAAGAGCUUCAGCCAUGGAAGUAAGCUAACUUACCAUAAUAGGAUCCAUACGGGGGAAAAGCCAUAUCAAUGUAUGGUAUGUGGAAAGAGCUUCAGUCAAAAAGGUAAUUUCAAUUUGCAUAAGAGGGUCCACACAGGAGAGGAGCCAUAUAAAUGCAUGGAGUGUGGAAAGUGCUUCAGGAUGCCUGGUUCCCUUACUUGCCAUAAGAGGAUUCACACGGGGGAGAAACCAUAUGAAUGCCUGGAGUGUGGAAAGAGCUUUAGUAGAAGCAGUACCCUAACUUUCCAUACCAGGAUCCAUAAAGGGGAGAAACCAUAUAAAUGCCUGCAGUGUGGAAAAUGCUUCAGUCAAAAAGUUCAUCUUAAUUCACAUGAGAGGACCCACACAGGAGAAAAACCGUAUAAAUGCCCAGAGUGUGGGAAAUGCUUCGGUAAUGCACGUAACCUUAUUUUUCAUCACAGAAUUCACACAGGGGAGAAACCAUAUGAAUGCCUGGAAUGUGGAAAGUGCUUCAGGCACUCCAGUUCCUUUUUUUCCCAUAACAGAAUCCACACUGGGGAGAAACCAUAUAAAUGCCUGGAGUGUGGAAAGAACUUCCAUAAGAACAGUCACCUUACUUCCCAUCAAAGGAUUCACACUGGUGAGAAGCCAUAUCAAUGCAUGGAGUGUGGAAAGAGCUUCAGUCAAACAAGUCACCUUAAUACCCAUAAAAGGAUCCACACAGGGGAAAAGCCGUAUAAAUGCACUGAGUGUGGAAAACACUUCACUGAAUCAGGUGCCCUCACUAAGCAUAAAAGGAUCCACACUGGGGAGAAACCAUAUGAAUGCACAGUGUGUGGAAAGUGCUUCAGUCAAAAAACUGAUUAUACUGUACAUAACAGAAUCCACACUGGGGAGAAACCGUAUCAAUGCAUGGAGUGUGGAAAGAGCUUCAGUGACUCUCGUGAGCUGACUUCCCAUAAAAGGAUCCACACUGGGGAGAAACCAUAUAAAUGUGCAGUGUGUGGAAAGAGCUGUAGGACAUCCAGUGACCUUACUCGCCACAAGCGGACCCACACGGGGGAGAAGCCAUUUCAGUGCAGUGAGUGUGGAAAGUGCUUUGGUCAUAAUAGUGCACUUUUUUCCCAUAGAAGGAUUCACUCAGGAGAGAAACCUUUUAAGUGCAUGGAGUGUGGAAAGUGCUAUAGUCAUAGCAGUCAUCUUAAUUCACAUAUGAGGAUCCACACAGGUGAGAAACCACGUAAAUGAAUUGAAGGUCGAAAUGCAUUUCGUCACAAUCAGUCACACAGUAUCCGUAGGAGGAUUCACUCAGAGAUGAAACCAAGAAAUGCAUCAGGUGUGGAAAGAGAUUUAUUCAAAAUAUUUCCCUUAUUUUUCCUGUAAAAGGAUAUGCUCACUGGAGAAACCCCGUAAAUGUCUCAAGGUUGUAAAGU